AUGUACGAUGCUCAUUCUCUUUAUUCACAUAGAGGAUUAGGAGGUUUUGAUCCCGUUGGAGGAUUGGGAGGAGGAUUUGGAUUGGGUGGAGGUCUUGGAGGAUUGGAUGGAGGAUUUGGAGUUAACCCAGCACUUGGAGGAGGAUUCGGAUUCAACCCAGCUCUUGCAGGCGGAUUUGGAGUAAACCCUGCCUUCGGAGGAGUAAAUCCUGCAUUCACUCCUGUGGCUCCUCCCUCCACAUGCCGUUACUGGUGCAGGACACCCGAGGGUCAGGCCUACUGCUGUGAGAGCAUCGACCAGCCACAGAGUGCUGCCGGUGUAGUCAAACCGGGAUUCUGUCCCCCCGUUCGUCCAGUGUGUCCUCUUAGGAGCUUCCAGCCACCAUUCAAUUGCUCUAACGACGGCGCUUGCGGAGGCAUCGACAAGUGUUGCUUCGACAGGUGUCUCGGCGAGCACGUGUGCAAGGCUCCUCUGGGAAUCGGACGAUAG